UUGCCAAGGCAUUCAUUUUGUCAUUAAAGCAGAACCUCUUACAAUAUUGAGGUGCAAAUAAGCGUUUCGAACUACUAGUUUGAAAUGGAAUACUUUUUAAUAGAGUCCAAUUACUGGAGUACUGUGCUUAGUUUUCUGGCUCAGGAAUAUUUUUUGAACUCGCAUUCCACCUGCAUUUUAUGGCACUCUGCGUUUGAUUUCCAACUCCAUUCGGUUGAGCCACUACCGCUUAUUACGAUGGACUCUCAGAGAUGGUUCACUAACGUAUCCAAUGACCAAGAUGUCUAUGACUACAAUAGGAAACGGAACGCGUUUAAAAGGAAUGGUAUUCCUCAUACCGACGAUUGGAUACUCAGGCUGACGGUGGCCAUUGAACAGUCCCAUUGUGAGAAUUUUUUAGCAUUUCAGGAGCAGAUUCCUGAUUUCGCGCGCUCCUUUUACCACGCCAGUAUCCAUUCCAUUUGGCGUUCUCUGAGAAAUAGGUUUGUUUUUGUUUAUACCGAGGAACUGCUGGAGGAUAACGAAAACUAUUUCAGCGAAUAUAUAUUCCAAGAUCAACCAAAUAUCCUGCUGGUCACCUCGCAAUACCUGAACUCUAGCAGCUUUGAGAUCAAGACAAACCGCUUCGUUGGCCACCGAAAUUUCCAUCCUUCUCCGGGACCCAUAAAAUUUGAUCUCCUCUAUAAAUACGAUGCCCUGGAAAAGGAUAUGACCUGGAAUAAGGAGCUAAAAAGAAUCUUGUCUGACAAACUCCGAAACCUUCAAGGACGGGAAGUAGUCAUUGGAGUUUUUGAUUACAAACCCUUCAUGCUGUUGGAUUAUGAUAAACAACCAAAGGUAUAUGAUCGAGCUUCAGAUACAAAGGAAGCGGUAUACAUUGAUGGUACUGAGGUGCGACUUAUGCUGGUUUUUUGUGAGCUCUAUAAUUGCACUGUCCAGGUGGACACCUCUGAGUCCGCCGACUGGGGAGAUGUAUAUCCAAACGCCACGGGAUAUGGUCUAGUGGGAAUGGUACUCGAUAGACGGAACGACUACGGCAUAGGUGGCAUGUAUCUAUGGUACGAGGCCUAUCAGUACAUGGAUAUGACCCAUUUCUUGGGUCGUUCUGGAGUCACUUGCCUGGUGCCCGCUCCAAGUCGCCUGAUCAGUUGGACCCUUUUACUCCGACCAUUCCAGGCUCUUCUCUGGAUGUGUGUGAUGCUGUGCCUGCUGCUCGAGAGCUUGGCCCUGUGUGUAACCCGCCGGUGGGAGCAUUCUUCGGAUGCUUCUCUGCCUCACACUUGGAUGGGAAGCCUGCGAUUUGGUUGCAUCAGUACACUGAAACUCUUUGUGAACCAGAGCACCAGCUAUGUGACCCGAUCGUAUGCCCUGCGGACCGUGCUGGUGGCCAGCUACAUGAUCGACAUCAUCUUAACGACUGUCUACAGUGGGGGACUGGCUGCCAUCCUGACGCUACCCACUAUGGAGGAGGCGGCAGACUCGCGACAGCGACUCUUUGAUCAUAAACUCAUCUGGACGGGAACUUCGCAGGCCUGGAUUACCACCAUUGAUGAGGGAUCGGCAGAUCCAGUCCUUUUGGGCUUAAUGGAGCAUUACCGAGUCUUCGAAGCCGCUUUGAUAUCCGCCUUCUCUCAUUCAGAGCAAAUGGGUUUUGUGGUGGAACGCAUGCAAUUUGGACACUUGGGCAACACCGAACUCAUAGCCAACGAUGCCUUGGAGCGCCUUAAGCUUAUGGUGGACGACAUUUAUUUCGCUUUCACGGUGGCCUUUGUGCCGCGCCUAUGGCCCCACUUAAAUGCCUACAACGACUUUAUCCUGGCCUGGCACUCAUCCGGCCUGGACAAGUUCUGGGAGUGGAAGAUAGCCGCCGAUUAUAUGAACGCCCACCGUCAGAAUCGCAUUGUGGCCUCUCAAAAACCCAAUCUGGACAUUGGUCCCGUCAAAUUGGGCAUCGACAACUUCAUUGGCUUGAUUUUGCUGUGGUGCUUCGGGAUGAUCUGCAGCCUGUUCACUUUCGCUGGCGAACUGUGGCGAGGUCGUAACCUUAAUUAUUGAUAUUCCAAGGAGUUAACAAGUGUUUAUAAAU